AUGAAUUUCCAGUGUAAACUUGUUGUACUGAUACUUGUGCUGACUCUUGAUGAUCAAGUUCAUACGGGGGAAAUCAUUGGAGGAAAUGAGGCUGCUCCACAUAGCAGACCCUACAUGGUGCUUUUGGAGAGGACGUUGCAGGAUGGAACAAAAAGACACUGUGAUGGCUUUCUUCUAAAUGAGGAUUUUGUGAUGACUGCAGCCCACUGCGUAGCCAAGUCCUACAAAGUCUUUUUAGGACUUCAUAAUUACAAUGAACAGAAUGGUAUACAGUUGGUACUUGUGGAACAAGCAUUUCCAAGUAAGGACUACAAUGAAACUGGAUAUAAGAGUGACAUAAUGUUACUCAAGAUGAGCUCCAAGCCACAUCUCAGCAAAACUGUGGAGCCUAUUGCUCUUGCAGGUCAAGGCGAUGUCUCCCUGCCAAAAUCAUGUAUAAUCUCUGGCUGGGGAGCAACAGACAGGGAAGAAGGAUCUAUGUCUCUUAUACUCAUGGAAACCAAUGUAACACUAAUUGACAGUACGCAGUGUUUGAAAGAAUGCUCAUACUGCUCUAAGGGAAACACUGGACCUGGUGUGGGAGACUCUGGUGGACCACUGGUCUGUGAAGGAAAAGCAUACGGGGUGGUGUCUUCCACCUACACUCCGAGCAAUGGUGGCCCACUAAUCCACCAUUAUGCCAAGAUUCCUGACUACAGACACUGGAUCGAUUCAGCUCUGAAAUAUAAUGCAAAGUUCUAAUACAUGUUACACUCAACUGACCAAAUCCUAUGAGUAUUCAAAGGAGGCUACUUCAUUUUAAAUUGUAUAACACUGAAGAAUUUCAAAACUGAGAAUUAAGUUGCUAUUAUCACUGGCUCCAUAGCAAUGACACUUCUAAACAUGCUUUGCAUAGAUUUAAUCCAAAUAUACUUUACUUUGAGGUUUCCAACUUAUACCAAUGAAAUUCUUGCUCAGGAAGUUGAAUGAAAACAUUGGAAAAAGACAAAUAUGAUUUGGUCAAUUUACGUGAUAUGUUUUAGCAUAGCACAGCGUUUUUUUCUGCUACAGAAGUUACAAAAAUGUUUUGCCAAUAAAAUGUAGGUAAACUCCAGGUAUUGCUACAGUUAAAACCAGAAAUGUAAGCAUGGACUCAGUGCUGUUUGAGAGACGUCAUGUCUAUUGAUAUUUAUUUUUUUUAAUACAGUAAUACUCGGCAUCUUCUUUUAGCCUAGAUUACAUGAGAACAGACUGAUUUUACUUUCCUUUGUAUUUGCUUUCAAUGAUACUGUUCUCAAAGUAUCCCUGUAUGCUUUGC